CAUGGCAAUGGAAAACAUACAUACACAAACACACAUACAGUCUUAAUAAACUAAAAAAGCAAGCAACCUCUUUUAUCUUCAAAACAUUAUCUACUGCUCCUCAAAAAUGAAGAAGUUGAUGGGAUUCAGGCUGAGCUUGAUUUGGCUCGUCAUGGCCGUCGCGGCCUCCGCUCAAAACUCUCCUGCUCCGGUGCUUGAUAUUGCUGGACAGCCUCUCCGGCGAGGUGUGGAAUACUACAUCAAGCCCGCCAUCACCGACAUCGGCGGUCCAUUAACUUUGAUAUCGCUGAACGGAUCAUCCUGCCCGAAAUACGUGGGUCAAGAAGGGACUUCAUCGAGUAGACUCCCCGUAACCUUUGCGCCGUUUGAAGAGAACGAGAACGUGGUGAGGGAGAGGAAGAACUUCAAGGCAACAUUCUCUGCGGCCAAUACAUGUGGUGUCUCAACCACAUGGAAGGUUGGAGAGAGAGACGCGGAGACACAGAAGAGAUUGAUUGAAAUCGGAGAUGGUGGAAGGUUUGGGAACUACUUUCUGAUAGACAGAGAUGAAAGGCUGAGAGGAAACAAUAACAUUUACAAUCUUGAAUUUUGUCCUUCUGAGCUCUGCCCCACAUGUAGGUUUGAAUGUGGAAACUUUGAAGCUUUGAUGAUUGAGAAUGGGGCGAGAUUGAUGAGCUUGGGAAUUGAUGAUACUCCUCUAGCUGUUCAGUUUGAGAUGGUUAAUUAAAUUAGUUAUGUAUAAAUAUUGUGUUUUCUGUUUAGUGGAAAACAUAAUAAUAAAUUAGAAAUAAAUCAAUCUCUAAAUCUCCUUGAUUCCUGGUUGUUAGGAUAGGGGUAUCUUUUUAAUAAAUAUUAUGUACAUCUCCCUUUGGAGAAUUGUAACUACAAAUUGAUAUAUAUGUAAAAGAGAAAGAUAUUAUGAUAUUUAUAUCAUAUAUAAAUCUAUUUCUUUUACUUGUCA